AUGAUUUCUCAAUUUGAAGCAAGCAUCCAGCUCCGAGAGGCGACACCGCGAGCCUUCUCACCCGACCCAGACACUCCCCGCGGCCGCAAGAGACACCGCAGCCUGACGAGAUGUGACUUGGAAGCCAUUCACUACGGUGGUACUGGCGAAUCCAGCACGCUACGGGGACGGCCCCGCCGACGAUCGACUUCACCAGUGGCACUGUCGUCGAGAGCUUCUUCACGAGCCAUUCCGGAAACCUCCGUAUCUCCCAUGAGGAAGCGUCUCCUCCGCAUCGUCAUCCUCGAUCGGCGACGGAAUCAGAGUCCCUCCCGGUCCCGAUCACCCAAUCACCAACAGGCCCCACCCCGACGCCGUCAUCGAACGCGGAGCCGUAGCCGGACCCAUACCAAGGAGGUGUAUCAAGCGAAAGAACAGUUGCCUCGGCCCCGGAAAGAAAAGCUAUAUGUGAUGGCAGACAAGGCAUCCCACAACUGA